GAGAGAAGACAGUCGUGACUUGUGAUCUUCGUCUGAAAAUCUACCUCAGUUUCUCUUUCUAUGGAAAUCAAAUCUGGUCCGAAUUUGAUUUGAUUACAGCCUACGCAGGAUUCAUUCCACAUCCAAACCCUUGCCAAUGGAUGAACCGGUGCUUUACGAGACUCGUCGUCAUGCUUCAAGGCCUUUCUCUCUCAAUUAUCCUCCUCAACAGGUUGAUAAUGAAUCCAGAGGCGGCUUUCUUUCGCUUUUUUCAGUUCAAGGUGUGAGCAAACUCAAGGAAAAGUGGGUAGAAAGCAAGCAACCAAGAAAACUGAGGAAAUUAACUUCUUUGUUUGUUUCUCCUAGUGGCGAGAAUGUUGCCGUGGCUUCUGGAAAUCUCAUAACUUUUUUGCAGAAGAAGGAUGAUUAUUCAAAGCCCUGUGGCACUUUCAGUGCUAGCAGCUUUGUUACGUUUACAACCGGAACUUGGUCGGAAAGUCAUGCUAUUCUUGGAGUUGUUGAUGAUACAGAUACUCUGUAUUUUAUUAAAGCAAAUGGUGAUGAGAUAACAAGGAUUAUGAAGAGGCAUUUAAAGGUCUCUUUACCGAUUGUAAACUUGAUUGCAAAUGUGGAUCCUGAUGUUCAGACAUCUUGCUUGUGUAGCUUUACUAUAUUGACAUCGGAUGGUUCUCUUCAACAUAUUGAGAUUAGUCGGGAGCCAAAUGUCUCCAUCGAGAAUGGCAUAACCCAGAAGGGAAAGUUUGGAAAUAAUGUCAUUUGCAUUGAUUCCCAUCCAGAACUUCUUUUGUUUGUUGUAGUUACUAGUUCUGACAGUCUUGCACUGACCUCAAGUGGAAAUACAGGUUUUUCCUGUCUUUCGCUUUGGCAUAGGAGUAAAGUUAUGGAUUUAGAGCAAUUGUCCACUGUUCAGUUUGAUGGUUUAUUUUCAAAGCCAAAAGGUUAUAUAGGUCAGUUGGCAUAUCCAAAGGUUCAAAUUUCUCCAGAAGCUGAAUUUAUAUGUACUCUAGAUGUGAUAGGAUACUUGCAUAUUUUUAAGCUGGACAAGAAAUGUUUUUCACUUUCACAUAUAACGGUAGGAGAAAGAUGUGUUUCGCAAGUUACCAGUGACGUUGUGGAUUUCACUUGGUGGUCUAACCGUGUUCUUGCUAUUUCUAAAAAGCCUGGUGUUGUGACCAUGAUUGACAUAUGUAGUGGUUACAAAGUUCAGGAAAAUGACCCUGUAUAUUCUAUGCCUGUUUUAGAAAGAGCUAACCAGUUUCAAGGAAAUCUCUUUCUUUUGGAGAGUAUGUCAAAGGAGGAGAGAGAUAAUCUAUCUAAUUACAGUGGAACAAGUGACUCUCAUUGUAUAGAACAGAUUACCGAAGAUGGUUUUAAUAACAUUGACAUUUCCAAGUUGAGUUGGAACCUGAUAACGUUUUCUAAGAAAUCCAUUCAUGAAAUGUAUGAAACUUUAAUCAGCAACAGAAGUUACCAAGCUGCCUUAGAAUUUGCCGAUCGUCAUAGGCUGGAUAAAGAUGAAGUUUUAAAAUCACAGUGGUUGCAUUCUCCACGAGGAUUAACUGAAAUAAACAUGUACUUGUCAAAAAUCAAGGAUCAAGUUUUCAUCCUCUCAGAAUGUGUUGACAAAGUUGGACCAACAGAAGAUUCUAUGAAGGCUGUGCUUGAAUAUGGGUUGCGCCUUACUAACCAAUAUAAAUUUUCUGAACUACAAGAUUCUGAAAGUAAUCAAAUUUGGGACUUUCGUGUGGCUAGACUUAAAAUAUUGCAAUUUAGAGACAGGUUGGAGACAUAUCUUGGGAUAAAUAUGGGCAGGUUUUCUGUACAGGAAUUUACCAAAUUUCGAGUGAUGCCUGUAAAUGAAGCUGCUGUAAUGCUGGCCGAAAGUGGAAAAAUUGGAGCCUUGAACCUUCUGUGCAAACGUCAUCCUUAUUCACUUGCACCUUUUAUUUUAGAUAUAUUAGCUGCCAUCCCUGAAACACUUCCUGUACAAACAUAUGGCCAGCUUCUUCCUGGAAAGUCUCCUCCUUCUAGUACAUUUGUUAGGGGAGAAGAUUGGGUUGAAUGCAGGAAGAUGAUAAAUUUUGUUAAUAGCUUACAAACAAGUAAUGAGAUCGACAUUCAGAUUAGAACUGAACCCAUUGUCAAACAGUGCUCAGGUUUCGUUUGGCCAUCAAUUGAUGAACUUUUGGUAUGGUACAAGAAGCGGGCAAGAGAUAUUGAUGUAUGUAGUGGGCAGCUAGAUAAUUGUCUUUGCUUGCUUGAUUAUGCUAAUAGAAAAGGCAUCUAUGAGUUGAAGAAAUUCCAUGAGGAUGUUUCAUACCUGCACCAACUGAUUUAUUCUGAUGACAGUGAUGGGGAAAUAAGUUUGAGUCUUGUUACGUGGGAGGAAUUAUCAGACUACGAAAAAUUCAAAGUGAUGCUCAAGGGAGUCAACGAAGAAAAUGUUAUUGAAAAACUUCGUGAUAAAGCAGUUCCAUUUAUGCGGAAUAGGUUUCAUUAUUCAACCGUAGUCUCUCAUGAUAGUGUAACAAGGAACCAUCUUGGUGCUGAUCAUGACGAGGCCGAGUCAUUUUUGGUAAGAUGGCUGAAGGAAAUUGCUUCAGAGAAUAAAUUGGACAUUUGCUUGAUGGUCAUAGAGGAGGGGUGUGGAGAUGUCCAAAGUAGUGGCCUGUUCAAGGAUGAAGUUGAAGCUAUAAAUUGUGCCCUGGAGUGCCUUUAUUUGUGUAAAGUAACAGAUAAGUGGAGUACCAUGGCUUCUAUAUUGUCGAGGCUUCCGCAAGUACAUGGUAGUAUAAUAUGUGAUGGUAGCUUGGAGAGAAGACUAAAACUUGCAGAGGGGCAUAUUGAAGUGGGGAGGCUUCUAUCAUUCUAUCAGGUCCCAAAGCCAAUGAGUUAUUUCCUUGAGUCCCACGCAGAUGAAAAAGGUGUCAAGCAAAUUCUUCGUCUUAUACUUUCAAAAUUUAUUCGCCGACAGCCUAGCCGAUCAGAUAGUGAUUGGGCAAGCAUGUGGCGUGAUAUGCAGUCAAUGAAGGAAAAAGCGUUUACUUUCCUAGAUCCAGAGUAUAUGCUGAUGGAAUUUUGUAGAGGACUGCUUAAAGCCGGGAAGUUUUCUCUUGCUAGAAACUAUUUAAGGGGUACAAGUUCUGUUGCCUUGGCAUCAGAUAAAGCGGAGAGUCUUGUCAUUCAAGCUGCAAGGGAAUAUUUUUUCUCUGCUUCAAGUCUUGCUUGCCCUGAAAUAUGGAAGGCUAAGGAAUGUCUGCAUCUACUCUCAAGCAGUGGAAUAGUUAAAGCAGAGCUUGAUACUAUUGAUGCCAUUACUGUUAAGCUUCCUAGUCUUGGAGUUGCACUUUUACCUGUGCAAUUCAGGCAAAUAAAAGAUCCCAUGGAAAUUAUUAAAAUGGCUAUCACAAGUCAAACCGGAGCAUAUCUACAUGUUGAUGAAAUCAUUGAGAUUGCCAAACUUCUCGGACUUAGCGCUCCGGAUGACAUAUGUGCUGUGCAGGAAGCUAUUGCUAGAGAAGCUGCAGUUGCUGGUGAUCUGCAACUGGCACUUGAUCUCUGCCUUGUUUUGGCCAAGAAAGGACAUGGUCAAGCUUGGGACUUAUGUGCUGCAAUAGCAAGGGGUCCGGCACUUGAAAAUAUGGAUGUUAAUUCUCGUAAACAAUUACUUGGUUUUGCUUUGAGCCAUUGUGAUGAAGAAUCUAUAAGCGAGUUGCUUUCUGCAUGGAAAGAUCUAGAUAUGCAAGGCCAGUGUGAGACUUUAAUGACGUUGACUGGGUCAAACUCUCCAAAUUUCUCAGUUCAAGGUUCUUCAAAUAUGUUAGAUUCAGACGGCAUAGUUCACCUAAAAGGUGGUUUUGAAGCAGUUGAAGGUGCUGCCGAUGAGGAUCGAAAUGUACAUAUCAGUAAUAUAAAAGAUAUUCUUUCUUCUGUUUCUAAAAACUUACCUCUGGAGAAUGGAAGCAGUUGGGAAUCUGUUUUAGUAGAAAAUGGAAAACUUUUGUCAUUUGCUGCUUUGCAACUUCCAUGGUUACUUGAACUGAGUAAAAAAUCUGAAAGCAGUGAUAGUUCAAUUUAUGGCUUGAUUUCUAGAACACAAUAUGUGAGUGUGAGAACACAGGCUGUGGUAACUGUUAUUUCCUGGUUAGCAAGAAACGGUUUUGCUCCUAAAGAUGAUUUGAUUGCCUCUCUAGCAAAAGCUGCUACUGAGCCUCCUAUUACUGAGGAGAAAGACAUUAUUUGUUGUUCCUUUCUGUUAAAUCUUGUGGAUGCUUUUAGCGGUGUUGAAGUAAUAGAAGAGCAGCUGAGAAGACGAAAAGAUUACCAAGAAAUUAGUAGCAUCAUGAAUGUGGGAAUGAUAUAUUGCUUGUUACACAACUACGGGGUCGAGUGUGAAGGUCCUGCUCAGAGAAGGGAGAUGCUGCUGAGAAAAUUUAAAGAAAAACAGACAACAGAUGAAAUAAGCAAAAUUGACAAAGUUCAGUCUUCAUUUUGGAGAGAAUGGAAACUAAAACUAGAAGAACAAAAGUUUGUGGCGGACCGUUCCAGAGUACUAGAAAAGAUCAUUCCUGGGGUUGAUACUGCUCGGUUUUUGUCUGGGGACAUGCAAUACAUUGAGAGCGUUGUCCUCUCUUUAAUUGAGUCUGUACAGUUGGAGAAGAAGUACAUUCUGAAGGAUAUUUUAAAAUUAGCCAACACUUACGGCUUGAGCCGGACAAAGGUUCUUCAACAGUAUCUAAGUUCUUUGCUUGUUUCUGAGGUUUGGACCAAUGAGGAUAUUAUGCGUGAAAUUUCUGAGUGUAAAGAAGAAAUAAUUGGCAGUGCUAUCGAGACCAUCCAAACAAUUUCCUCUGCUGUAUAUCCUGCAAUUGAUGGACGUGACAAGUUGCGACUUGCUUACAUAUUUGGCCUGCUUUCUGAUUGCUAUUUGCAGCUGGAAGAAACCAAAAAUUCGUUACCUAUGAUACACCCAGACCAAGCUAAUUUAUCUGGUUUUGGAUUUGCUCGUUAUUACUCGAUGCUUGAGCAAGAAUGCACUAGAGUUUCAUUUAUUUCAAACAUCAACUUUAAAAAUAUCGCUGGACUGGGAGGUUUGAACUUUGAGUGCUUCAACCUUGAAAUCUAUGAACACAUUGCUGAGAGCAGCUUGGAAGUCUUAGCAAAGAUGGCAGAAAACCUCCAUAGCAUUUAUGCUGACUCAGUGCCAGAUGGCCUCGUGUCGUCAAAGGAUGUGUACAAACAUUAUGUCCUCGGUUUGUUGAAGAAUUUGGAGACAAAGUCUAGGACAGAUUUUUCUGAUAAGAGGCCUGAAAACCUACAGGGGUUUAUAUGUCAGCUUGAGCAGAGCUUUGAAUUUUGCAGAAAGUAUAUCAAACUUUUGGCCCUGUCUGAUGCUUUGGACAUUAUAAAGCAGUAUAUGACUGUAAUUAUACCUCUAUAUCAUUCAUAUGGCACUCCUCCAGAUGAUUCAACUUGGCAGGACUGCCUUCUGAUCCUCUUAAACUUUUGGAUGCGACUAACUGAUGAAAUGAAGGAAAUUAUGACCCUUUCUGAUGCUGAAGAAAUUCUUGUAUUCAGUCCGGAUUGCUUAAGUAGACAUCUUAAUGCUUUCAUGAGGCUUGUGAUUGAGGAUAAUGUUUCGCCAAGUCAGGGCUGGAGCACGGUUAUUGAUUAUGUAGGUUACGGAUUAACUGGUGGUCCUGCUUUUGAAAUUUUCAUGUUCGGCAGAGCUAUGCUUUUUUCGGGUUGUGGAUUCAGAGCUGUUGCAGAAGUUUAUUCUGAUGCAAUAAAUGCUCCAAAUGGUGAUGCUGAACUUCAGGAUCUUCCCCAUUUCUACUUAAAUGUUUUGGAGCCUAUUCUGCAAGAAUUGGCUGUCGGCGAAUCUCAGGAACGCCAGCACUUCUAUCAUAUUUUGUCUUCUGUGAGUAAAUUGGAAGGUGAUCUGGAUGAUUUGAAGCAAGUCAGACAUGUAAUUUGGAAGAGACUUGUAAAGUUCUCUGAUGAUCUGCAGAUACCGGGAUCUGUUAGAGUUUGCAUGCUAGAGAUUAUGCAAUUUCUCACCGGUAGAAAUAUUAAGGGGUUCUCAUCCGAGUUACAAUCCAAUAUUGUACCAUGGGAAGGGUGGGAUGAGUCACUCAAUACAAGCGAGCAAAGUCAAACUUCCACGAAUCAGGGGUUGACCGAUCAUAAUAACACAUCGAGCAGAUUUACUAGCACAUUGGUUGCCCUCAGAUCAACUCAGCUCGUAGCAAGCAUAUCACCAACUCUGGAAAUUACUCCCGAUGAUCUGUCUACUGUAGAGACAGCAGUUUCUUGCUUCUUUAAGCUGUCAGAGGUUUCCGAUAGUGAUGCUCAUAUUGAUUCUUUGGUAGCUGUUUUGGGAGAGUGGGAAGGGCUUUUCACGACAAGGCAUGAUGAGAAAGCCUCUUCAGAAGCAUCCGAUGCUGAAAACGCUUGGAACUCUGACAAUUGGGAUGAGGGAUGGGAAAGUUUCCAGGACGCCGAGACUCCUGAAAAAGAAAAAUCCGAAAUCAGCUCUUCUCUUCACCCUUUACACGCUUGUUGGUUAGAGAUAUGUAAGAAACUUGUAGCAGUGUCUCGCUUUAAAGAUGUGCUAAGAGUGAUUGAUCAAUCUAACGACAUAUUGCUAGACGAAGAUGGUGCCCAAAGCCUAAACAAUUCCGUACUUCAAAUGGAUUGUUUUAUGGCUUUAAAAUUAGUCCUAUUGCUUCCAUACGAGGCACUAAGGCCACAUUGCUUGGCUGCUGUAGAAAACAAGUUGAAACAAGGAACGUUCACAGACACGGUUGUUGAGAGCAUCGAGUUUCUUAUUCUCAUAUCCUCAUCUGGAGUUAUGUCUAAUAUCAUCUCCAAUUCGUCUUACGGUACUAUAUUCUCUUACACCUGCUAUUUGGUUGGAAGUUUCUCUCAAAAGUGCCAAGCCUCCCAACUAUCGAGACUCGUUCAUGAAGAAGGUUCAGAACAACGAGGAGACAGCGAGAUCGAUUUUCUACUUUUUAGGAGGAUCAUCAUGCCAUGUUUUGUUUCGGAGCUGGUUAAGGCAGAUCAGCAACUUUUGGCAGGACUUAUUGUAACAAAAUAUAUGCACACAAAUGCAUCUCUAAGUCUUGUUAAUAUUGCAGAGUGCAGCCUUAAUAGGUUUUUGAAGAAGCAAUUUGAGGUAUUGCAAGGUGAUAAGAUUGCCCUUUUACAGGCAACUUCACAUGAAACUUUAAAGAACUCUGUUUCCAGCUUAGUGUCCAAAUUGGAAACUCUGCUCCAAUCUGCAAUUUCCUUAGUUUCUAAUAAUGUGAAAUGAAAAAGAUAGUCAGAAUAGUUUUUUUUUUUUUUUUUUUUUUUGGGUUAAAUGAAUAUAGAAAUGUUAGUGUUGUGAGUAGUGCAGUGCUAGUAGUGGUUGUACAAAAUGUCUCCAUAUGUAAUCCAUUUUUGUUAAUUUGCAUUUUAUAGGAACUAUGAGAAUUAAGAAUAUAUUACAUGAAGAAAACUAGCAUUAUAAAAAAAAUGUUUUCUCUUGUUUAAAUGAGUCGACAAUAUGAUGUUGUGUUACUUUAUUUAAUUAUUUUAAAACUUAAUCUUUCUUCUUUGUCC